UAGAUUAUAGAUUAUAGAUAAUAAUAGAAAAAAAAAAACUCGGGGAGAAGCUUUGUAUAUUGUCCGUCAUUUGUCAGCGUCAGGCCAUCAAAUUACACAGCAAUGGCAGUCGCAAACCUACACAGGCUCCGCCAAAUCCACCGUCUCCCGGCGAUCACCUACUCCAAGACCAUUUUCUCAAGAUGGUCGGCGUCGGCCACCACCUCUUUGGAACACUCAUCGUCUUCAUCCAAAAAGGUAUCAGAUCGUACCAUCAAACUCUUCGCGUAUGAUCUGGAGGGCACAAAGAAAGAGAUCGUCGGAUUAACUGGCCAGACUCUUCUGAAGGCGCUUGCCAAUCGGGGCCUGAUCGACCCGGAUUCCCAUCGGUUGGAACAAAUCGACGCCUGUUCGGCGGAAUGCGAGGUCAGAAUCGCCCAGGAUUGGAUCAACAAGCUCCCGCCGCGGUCCUACGACGAGGAGUAUGUGCUCAAGAGAAAUUCCAGGGCUAGGACUUUGAACAAGAACUCGAGGCUUGGCUGCCAGGUUAUUCUCACUCCCGACCUUGAAGGUAUGGUCGUUGUUGUGCCCGAGCCCAAACCUUGGGACAUCCCUUAAUUUUUAUUUGGAACACUGCAUCUUUGUUUUUCGGCUUAUUUGGCUGUUUGUUCAUUUAAUAAUUUGUACCUUGAGAUGGUGCAUUUGGUGGACGACUUGUUGUCUUUGGGAAAGAUUAUCCUCUAAUUGCGUCGUUUCGAUGCUUCUAUACUCUAGUUGUUCUGUCGUCAGCUUGUUUAAUGGGAUAUUUUUGUAUUCGAAUUUUCUGUACUUCUUUGUUACAGUGGAUGUAAGCAUUUGGAGAAUGUAUAAGAAAUUGGCAAGCAACUGUUAGAAUAUGAAAAAUUUUGGGUUCGUUCCUUUUA